CAGUCUUCCACAAAGGAUUAACAAGAGAGGUUAAGGACGCAGACAACACAGCAUUCAUGUCUGCCUCUUAAAAUGUUUAUUCUUUAUUCUUAUUUUAUGAUAUAGGCAGAGCAACAGUAUAAUCAAGGAGGUAUAACGAUUGUGAUUAAUAGUCAUAUAAAAAGGGCUAAAUGAGAGCAAAUCGUGGCAUGGAGCUGCCAGAGGACUUCUGGAUACCCGUUCCCCUGGACACCAACAACAUCACGUCACUCAGUCCUUUCCUGGUUCCUCAGGACCACUUGGGGAACUCAGCCACCUUCUACACCAUGGCAGGAUUCAUGUUCUUUGUAUUCGUGGUUGGCACUGGCAUUAACAUCCUCACCAUUGGAUGCACUAUGCAAUACAAGAAGCUCCGGUCCCACCUUAACUACAUUCUGGUGAACUUGGCCGUGGCAAACCUUCUUGUGUCCGGUGUGGGCUCCUUCACUGCCUGCUGCUCAUUUGCAUUCCGAUACUUUAUCUUUGGAGCACUAGCAUGCAAGAUUGAAGGUUUUAUGGCAACACUUGGCGGUAUGGUAAGCCUGUGGUCUCUUGCUGUGGUAGCUUUUGAAAGAUGGCUGGUCAUCUGCAAGCCACUUGGAAACUUUAUUUUCAAGCCUGACCAUGCUAUAGCUUGCUGUGUAUUUACCUGGGUGUUUGGACUGAUUGCCUCACUUCCUCCACUGUUCGGAUGGAGCAGGUACAUCCCAGAAGGCCUGCAGUGCUCCUGUGGUCCAGACUGGUACACCACAAACAACAAAUACAACAAUGAAUCCUACGUGAUCUUUCUCUUCGGCUUCUGCUUUGCUGUUCCAUUCACCACCAUUAUCUUCUGCUAUGGUCAGCUGCUCAUUGUGAUGAAAAUGGCAGCAAAGGCCCAAACAGAGUCUGUCUCCACCCAGAAAGCAGAGAAGGAAGUGACCAAGAUGGUGGUCCUCAUGGUGAUUGGCUUCCUGGUGUGCUGGUUGCCUUAUGCCUCCUUUGCUCUUUGGGUUGUGAAUAACCGUGGGCAACCAUUCGAUCUUCGACUGGCGACCAUACCUUCCUGCUUCUCAAAGGCCUCUGCAGUCUACAACCCUGUUAUCUAUAUUUUCUUCAAUAAACAGUUCCGUUCAUGCAUAAUGACAAUGCUGGGGAUGGGUAGAGGUGAGGAGGAAUCCUCAACAACAUCAUCAGUGACUGAAGUCUCCAAAGUUGGGCCUGCUUAGACUGAACAUCAAGACUUGCCACUAAUUAUUUGUGAAUUGUAUAUAACAGUAAUUGCAUGUUUUGUCAUAUGUAAAAAAUAUACAUGUAAUGUUGCUAUUCAAGUAAGAAAUCAUAAAUAAUCUGCAAUCA